UUUUUGCAGUUAUGGCGAGCAUGUUCAACGCUUGUAGCAAGGAGUAGAGCAAGCUCUACUGCUGGUACUCAAGUAAAGACUUGUUCAGCCAAAUCCAAGCAGGAUUUUCCCGAUGACUUGGAUCAAAGAGAAAGACCAGAUGAGUUAAAGAGCCCAGUGUGUUCAUAUAAUGAAUGGGAUCCUCUCGAGGAAGUCAUUGUUGGACGCGUUGAAGGUGCAGUAAAAUACAUUGAACUGCAAUGCAUUCAUGCUCUGCUUUUGCUGUGAAACUCACAAAACCGUGAACACCAGAAAUAUUUAUGAAAUUGUCUUAUGGGAAAUUAGCCAAUAAGGCGCGAGAUAACUAAACCGCAAACAGCAACGGUAAUUAGUUUGUGGUUUUGAGGCGGAACAAGAAAUGAGGAACUGUCGGACUAACACUUGAUAGAGUCUGACAGACAGUAAUUUCAAGCAAUUCACAAUCAACUGGGUGGGAGAGCAAACACAUUUUGAUAGACAUUUGUAAUAACGGAAGACGGUCGGCCAAUGCAUGAUUACAAGGGUGUAUAACCUUAUAUAUGAUUAUAUAUAUACAAUCGAAACGUAAAUAUAAUUUCACAAACGCAAAAAAACCACUACUUUAAACUGAUUACCGUGCAGUAUCACCCUUUGUCACUACAAGAGCCAAGCACAUUUUGUACGAUUAGAUAAAACUAAAAUGAGUUACAAUACCUUAAUGGAAGAAUCAUAAAAUCAGGAUAAAAGUUUUGACCGAAGUUCAGCAGUUGGAUUCUGCCCAUUACGUUCAUCUGAGUAAUUAAUGCUGAUUUUGUCCUUGUUCAGGUGCUACCGUACCGGAGUUCUCUGCUGAAGUGAAAACAAACACUUAUGAGAAGAACUGGUCAUUCUUCCGCCGUUUUGCAGGUCGAUCUUUUCCUGAAGAACAUCUUAGGAAAGCACAUGCCGAGGUGGAGGAAUUUUGUAAGAUUUUACGGCACGAAGGAGUCGUUGUGCGUCGUCCUGAAGCAAUCGACUUCUCAAAGGUAAAACUGCUCAUAAGCCCAGAAUUUGUUUUCUAACUACAAUUAUUUAAUGAAGAAUUUUGGACUGAAAAGCAUAGUGAAUAAACACUGAAAAUCACAGAUAGACAUUUUAGUACCAUGUCUAGAUCUUUUUUCUUGUUCAUGGUCGCCAUUUUAAGUCAAAAAAAAUUAUAUUUAAACGAAUUUUUAAUAAUUCUGACAGUUUAUGAAACAAACUGUUGAUGUAUUUAACUUACAUGUCAUUGGUAGUUUUAAUAUAAGCUCUUAAACUUCUCAAACUUUUGAAUAAUUCGCAACAAUUUCUUCCAGGAUCCUGCAGUGCCUGGUAGUAGAGAAAAGAAAUUCUAAAAAAUAAGGGUAAAAAACUUACACUCUCUGAAGGGGACAAUCGCUUCUUAGGCGCUUCGUCUUUCUCUUCAUCUAUAUACCCAGGCUUCAAACACGGGAGAGGCGGCUUCCAUAGAUUGUACCUCGCAUGAAACAAAGAUCACUCAUUCUUCAUCGAUGUCCCUUCCAAAUGCCUACCGAUUUUUUUUGCAUCGUCACCUCCGUUCUUUGUAGGUUUACACGACUCCAGAUUUUACCUCUUCUGGGAUGUACGCAGCUAUGCCACGAGACAUUCUGAUGGUUGUCGGCGAUGAGAUCAUCGAGGCCCCCAUGGCCUGGCGAUCACGGUUCUUUGAAUACCGCGCUUACAGGCCCCUUCUCAAGGAGUACUUUAAACGAGGUGCCAAAUGGACUACUGCGCCUAAGCCACUUAUGAGUGACGACCUGUAUGAUCAGGUAAAAAUCUUAAAUUUUAACGCCUUCAUGGUUACAAGGAGCCAUCCAGGUCGAUUUUUAUCAGGGCUCAGGAAGGAUUUAAAGCUCAAUCCCUCCUUCCACGUAUUAUCUUUAACAAAGAGCCUUACUCUUUUUAUUGAGAACUGAGGAUAAAGUGUGCACAUGGGUUGCAAAGCAAAUGUCUGGGCCAUUUGACUCGAUUUUGUUGCCAACUUAAGUUACCAAUGCAAAUAACUUAUAACAAUAUAUUAAGUAAACUAUUUAUCUUUUACAUUUAUGUCCUCAGAAUUACCCGACACAGACAGUUGAGGACAGGCAUCAGCUGGCAGCCGAAGGAAAGUUUGUUACCACUGAGUUUGAACCGUGUUUUGACGCUGCGGACUUCAUUCGAGCAGGGCGGGAUAUUUUCGUCCAAAGAAGUCAGGUAUAAAAAAUUUAAGCUGGCCGUGCUACUCUUGUACCAUGCAAUAUUUUUGGCUCAACGUUAUAACAGCGAUACGUAGAUAAUACCACUGAAAUGCAUUGGACAGUUUUUGAGCGAUGGUUGUGUGGAACAGGACUUAGUAUUGAGCGUUUUCAUGGGACUUCACGUCCGGCUGCAUUGGUUUUCCUAAAUAGUGAAACUUACGGCGGCCAUUUUGCUGUACCAUGAAAAAACUUUCUUUUGUUCCAAGAAACUAACUAAUUCACUGGUCUCGUAUGAGAAAACGCUCUAUUAUGAGUGAUCGUUACUAGCAUUCAGCGUUUAUUUUUUCAAAUAUUGUCAGGUACUGAACCAAAUAGCCUUGACUUCAGGAAACGAUGGUUCCUUGAUUAACACUUUAAUGGACAGCUUAAGCAACGACGAUAACAAAGGCGCGGAGAAAACAUCUUAAAAAUUAAUUUUCGUUCCCUCAAGCCUCAUUGCUACUCAGUUUCCGAUUUACCUGCCUGUUAAGUCAAAAGAAAGCGAUUUCCUUUUGACUUUAAUUCAUGGGGACCGCACUUAAGUUUAGAAAGACUAAGAAAAAAAAUCGAGGUUGUGUUUACGUCGUCCAUAAAACAGAUGAAAAGUCGCGUUAUAGGAUUUCACUGCACAUUCUCGAAUGAAACAACUGUACAAAUAAUAAAGGGUGAGGCACGUGCAUAGAUAUUAUUCUCGUUACUGUCGUCCUCUUUUCUAAAGCUUCAUUAUAUCAUUAGAAGACGCAGCAUCGUUCAUUUUGUCCGUUCAUAUUUCAGGUGACUAACAACUUAGGUAUCGAAUGGAUGCGACGUCAUUUGGGUAAACAAGGAUAUAGAGUUCACAAGCUGUCAUUUGACGAUCCAAAUCCAAUGCACAUCGACGCAACGUUUAACAUAAUCGGACCCGGAUUAGUGCUGUCCAAUCCUGACAGGCCUUGUCAUCAGAUCGACAUGUUUUACAAGGCUGGUUGGACAGUAAUAAAGUCACCCACCCCUUUAAUGCCGGACACCCACCCGAUGUGGAUGUCGUCCAAGUGGCUGUCCAUGAAUGUUCUCAUGUUGGAUCCAAAAAGAGUCGUGGUCGAUAAAGACGAGAAGACCACUCAAAAGGUAGUGUGCCGUCAUAAGCUUCAGUAUUCUGUCUUGCUAGCUAUUAAUCUUUUUCCUCACGUUUCUUCGUCUCUUCUCUUUUCUGGUAGGUUUGCUUGACGAACUGACCGCCAAGUUUUUGUUUUGUUUUGUUUGUUCGCUUUUCAAAACUCGUGUCAUUUUGCGCUCCUGUUCGAUUUUGUAGCUUUAAUGAAUGAUCAUAAUCGCGAAAACGAAACACACGCAAUUGCAUGUCAGACCAUUAGGCCCUAGUAAGAUUAAAUAAGAAAAAAGCAAAAAACCCUAUGUCCACGAGCAUGAGCGAUCUACCUUUGCAUUCCUUUUAGCUGAAUGCCAAUUUGCAAUUUUGGACAAUUCCGGGGAGAAAAAUCUCGUUUCUUCUUUACCUAAACUGACACAGAUCAUUUAAGCCUCAUCAGCGCUUAAUUCCAAGUCAAAAAAAAUUCUGUAGAUGUCACGGUUUUGCAUGUAACAGUCAGUACCGCUGCUGAGUAAAAGUAAUUAGGCUACGAAGCCUUUACUGUUCUGUAUUCUUUCAGUAGUAAUGUCAACUAUAGCACCAUACUUUGACUAAAGAAUAAAUCUUUUUUUCCAUAGAUGUUUGAAAGCCUUGGCAUCAGCUGUGUUCCAGUCUCUCUUCGCUUUGCCAACUCCCUUGGAGGUGGUUUUCACUGUUGGACCUGUGACGUUAGACGUCGAGGAAACUUGGAGUCUUAUAUCUAG